AAAAAAACACAAAGCAGGCUAUUUUUCCACAUGAAGAAAGUCAAGUAGGUAACUCAUCUCUUAUUGGUAAAUCUCUUGAAAUAUGUUCGCAGCUGUUUUGAACAUUUUGAAAAAAUCUGAUGGUUACGUCCACUUCAGCGAUGUUUGCAAAACCCUGGAUCGCACCAUCAAUGAACCCAUCCCGGACAAGAACCAAUGGUACGAAACGAUCCGUCAAGCCCUCAGUUUGGCCCACAGCCAGGGACUGGCCUUCAAAUCGGACGACGAUCGGUACAAGUUUGCCGUAAACCUGCACACUUUGGAUGAUCCCAAACUUUUGACGCGAAUCGAUGCGUUGAAGUUGGAACGCCAAGAAGCAGCUUUACCGGAGGAGAGAUCCGUCGUGGAACCGGCUCUGGAGGAGGUUGCCGGUCCGUCGGGAUAUGCGUACCGGAUUGUCGCACAAGAACCUUCAGGAAGCGUUGCUUUAAUGGUUGAAGGACAGAAAAAUAGGCGAUCAAGAGAGGUGUCAAUUGGGAGAAAGAAAGUCAAGAAACGGUCUCGAUCAAGACCGGCAAAAGGUAGAAGGAAAUUGAAGAAAUAAUCUGUUACGGAAAUUAUCAAUUCAUUAUUUGGAAGCAAUAAAUUUAUGUUCGCAAAAA